AUGGAGCUCGGUCGAAUCAUUAAACUCACAAAAGGCGAAGAUAAAGCUAUUAUCCCUACACGAUGGCUGACCAAGAUCUUUGUCUUUGGGGAUGUUGUUUCUUUCCUCGUGCAAGGCGGUGGAGGAGUCAUGGCAGGAAACAGUCUCGACUCCAUGAAAACUGGAGAGAAGCUCGUCCAACUCGGUCUUGCUAUCCAAAUAGUCUUCUUCGCCCUCUUUAUUGCUACCGCCAUUGUCUUCCAUAUCCGUAUGCGACGAGAUCCAUAUCAGCAAUUGUCCUCUAAGUGUCAUACUUGUUGGCAAAAGCACCUCUCGCUGCUCUAUGCUACAUCCAUCGUAAUCCUCAUACGGUGUUUGUUCCGAUUGAUCGAGUAUGUGCAAGGGAACUCCGGGUACUUGAUCAGUCAUGAAGCCUAUUUGUACGUUUUCGAUGCUACCUUGAUGUUUCUUACAAUGGUGUUGUUUGCAGUCGUUCAUCCUAGUGAGCUUAACGCUCUGCUGAAAGGAGGAAAGGCAAAAGCUAUUCAGAAGAUUGUGUUCUUGCGCAGUGUUGACUGUGGCAAUAGUGAAGAACUGAAUGAAUUACAGCGCUUCUAG